AGAUCUAGAAUCUAUAGACUAUAGAGUUAGUUACUUGAUAGUCAAAAUCUAAAUCUACUAGAUUUAGAUCUACUAGACUUCUAGUCUAGGCUAGCUAGAUCUAGAUUUCUAUAUAGAUCUAGAUCUAAUCGCCUUUUUAACUUUAAUUAGAUAUCUAGAUCUAGAAGACUAGAUCUAGAAUCUAGUUUAAUGAAAAGUGUGAAGACCAGUAGCAGUACGCAGUAAAGUGUUAAUAAAGUCAAAGUAUUUGAAAAUCAGCUUUAGGUCUAUGAAAAAAAUAAGCUUUUUCUACACAAAAUUAUGGAAGCCACAUCCUAUAUUCUGAAACCAAACAUUGUCUCUAUGACUGGUAACUCAUCUGCUUCCAAACUACCUCUACGGGUCCCUAGAGAUAAAGAAAAUAACUCAGCCACAAUAGAUGUGGCAACUUGUAACAGGGAUACAAAAGAGCCUUCCACAACACAGAGGACAGAAACAUCUGUUUCAGCGAAGGAGGAGAAAAGAGGAGAUAGUGAUGUUAAAGGCUCAAUGAAUGUGAAAUGGUCCUUGAAUGAUUUUGACAUUGGAAGACCAUUAGGGAAAGGGAAGUUUGGGAAUGUUUACCUUGCAAGGGAGAAAAAAAGCAAAUAUAUAGUUGCUCUAAAGAUGAUGUUCAAGCAACAGUUACAGAAAGCUGGAGUGGAACAUCAACUUAGGAGAGAAAUAGAAAUCCAAACUCAUCUAAGACAUCCCAACAUACUCAAGCUGUAUGGUUAUUUCUAUGAUAGCACAAGGAUAUAUCUGAUUCUAGAAUAUGCGCCUAAAGGUGAACUGUAUAAAGUGUUGCAAGCAAACACAAAAUUUGAUGAUGCUAGAACAGCACAAUAUGUAGCCCAACUGGCCAAUGCUUUAAUUUACUGCCAUGGUAAGAAGGUCAUUCACAGAGACAUAAAGCCUGAAAAUCUUUUACUGGGUUUGAAAGGAGAAUUGAAAAUUGCAGACUUUGGAUGGUCUGUCCAUGCACCAUCAUCUAGGCGCCACACUAUGUGUGGCACAUUAGACUACCUGCCUCCUGAGAUGGUUGAAGGCAAGUGCCACAAUGAGUCGGUAGAUAUUUGGAGCCUUGGUGUGCUUUGCUAUGAGUUUCUGGUUGGCAAACCUCCUUUUGAAACAGAAAGCCAUGAGGAAACCUACAAAAAAAUCUGUAAAGUUGACUACAAAUUUCCUGACUAUGUUUCUGAAGGAGCUAGAGAUCUCAUUUCUAAGCUCUUGAGACAUGAUCCAAAAGCUCGACUGCCAUUAGAAGAAGUGUUACAGCACCCAUGGGUAGUCAAGUAUAAAGAUGAACUGAUAGUUACAGACAAACAUUAACAGAUUUCCAAGCUUACUAUGAUUUCAUUUAAGUAUUUAUGGGUGGUUAAUUUUUUUUUUAUCAAUU